UGGACAUGUCCAUUGAUGCUCUACUGCUCUCUCCAAAAUAUCGCCGAAGGUCUUUCCUCUGAUUGUGCCAGUGCAUAAUUAUCUGGUUGAGCGUUCAAAAAGCAAUUAAUUAGAGAAAUCAAGUCACAACUAGGCUAGGCCUAGGCCUUUAACUCUCUAAAAGACAUAGCCAAAGAUGCCAUUGCUAUGCACCCCCAUAAAAAGGAAGCGAAUUGAGAAUUACGUCAUUGGUUUUGUUGCUAUGGAUUUGUGCAGUCUUCAAGAGCGAUGUCGAAAGGCAAAGAUUGAUUUCCAAAGUGUGGUGAGGGCGAAUUAGAAUCUAGAUCUAGGUCGACGAACCCGAACCAGCUGCAGUCGCAUGAGCGACGGACAAUACAACCAGGGACAAGCACCCCUUGCCGAAAGCGUGGGGCAGGCAGCUGAUCCUUGCCUGGACGGCGAACACUGGGCGGCGUAUCCACAGACAGGAGAGCAGCACCCAGAGGGGGUCGAGAAGGCAGGGGUCCCCGAGCAGACGACGAACCGAGAGGGCUUCAACUUUGGUUGGUUUACACUGCCCAAGUCUGAGGGGGGGAGAGAUAGCAGGGGCGGGGCAGGCGAAGGGGUCCGUGCGGGAUCCAGGACUGCGUCAAGGAGUGGCUCUGGGACAAGACAUGAUGGUCGUGUACCUACCGAACCAGGGAUGCCGCCCAUGGACCAGAUGUAUCAGUAUCGCUGUCCGGCCUCCACGGUUGGUCAACAGCAGAUGAUUCCCGAAGGCCAAAACCCUGAAGGUCAAUACCCCGAAGGAUCCGAAACCUACCCUCACUCAGCCACAAUGGUACCUGCAGACUCAACCCACGGCCACCCUCAACAAAGACCUACGGGCUACGAGAAUGCCAUUAUAGACUGGCCAUUGUCUGCAACAGCACAGGAACAAAUCAGAGCAAAUCAAUUGCGUGCUUCCACUCUGGCCCCGGAGAGACCAGGUUCGACAAGACCACCCUCUAGGCGGAGCGCACCCCCAACACCUGUACCUCCGCUGAGUUGGGGCGGUUAUAAGGACUUCUCGGAACGACCGACUUACGCCGGCUGGAGGAACCAGUGGCACCGAACCCACGGACGCCAAGACAGCCAGCCGCCUUUCGGAACCCAGUGCCCUUACCAUGACAACCGGAGCAUGAACAACAACAACAACAACAACAACAACAACAACAACAACAACAACAAUAGCAAUAAAUACUCCGUGUCGCUCGACUGUGAACAAGAGGCGCACGCACAAACUGAUGAAACAAUCAGUUUGAGUUCGGCAGCGCAAUAUUUGAACUCCGGGUAUGCUGGGUGGGAUGACGUCAACAACAAUCGCGUGGGCGGUACGCCAGGAGCUCUUGAACUUGAAGGAAGUGUUCUGUUCCCAGACUGCAGGGGUUUGAGCACUUUUGACUGUCAACGUUAUGAUGUUCCAAGACAAUAUAAGCCGGCAAUUGUGAUGGACUGGGAUGAGUCGGCAGAUGACGGGAAUCCAGGUGUCAAGGACUCGCAUACAAAGAAGACAAAAGCCGCUACAUCAUAUACCAUAGCUAACUUCCGGUCAAGAGUCAGAACAGCCGUCUCUUCUUGGAGCUGUUGGCCUGUGUUGUUCCGGAACUUGAAGGAACACAGGUCGGACUUCCGGUUCCGGAGAUUUCACAAUGAAACAACAAGUUCAUACUACCAAGAUUAGUUGCCAUGUACUUGCAGUGCAAUACUCGUAGGUUACCUGUAUGAAACAGUUACUGACAUGACAGAUCAGGAUGGCGGGGGAGUGGCGGGGAGGUUUAGUUGUUGAUUAUCAUUGAAGCAGAUAAUUAUUAUUCAGGGUGGUUUUAAUUUUUAAAAAAAAAUGCAACUUCUUUCUGCUUGUGAU